AUCAACACAAAAAGCCAAAUUUUUUUGCUUUUCUGUAUUGUUUGGACAUGGCCAUAAAGCCAUAGAUGUUUAAAAGUAAAGCAAAAUGCGAAUAAAUGUGCAGUUAGGAAAGGAGUCAAAGCACAAGGAUUUAGUGAGUUGUGUAAUUUGGACAUCAGCAGAUGAACUUUAUUCUUGUGGAGAUGACCAUAAGAUUUACAAAUGGAACUUACUCUCUGAUGAAACAACAGAGGUAAUAUCUUUACCUGAUGAUCUUUAUCCAACUGAUGUAGAUUUAUUUCCUAAGACAACAGGGGCAAAAAAACAACUACAAAAUGAUAUUUUUGUAUUGACAGCUUCAGAUGGAAAAUAUUAUUUUGUUUCUCGAAAUGGUCGCAUUGAGAAAGCAGUCGAAGGCCAUAGAGGGGCUAUUCUUUCAAUUCGUUGGAACCAAGAUGGAACAGCAUUCGCUACAGCUGGUGAAGAUGGUCAAGUGAAAAUCUGGUCUAAAAGUGGUAUGCUUCGAUCCACAUUGAGUCAAAUUGGAUCUCCUGUUUAUUCCUUAUGUUGGGCUCCAGAUUCAGAUUAUGUUGUUUACACAAACAAUAAACAAUUGGUCAUAAAACCUUUACAAGCAGCAGCUAAACCAUUACAAUGGAAAGCCCAUGAUGGUAUUGUGUUAGUAGUGGACUGGAACCGAAUGAAUAACAUGAUACUUUCUGGUGGAGAAGAUUGUAAAUAUAAGGUGUGGGAUAGUUUUGGUCGAAUUCUAUAUUCAAGCUUUCUUCAUGAAUAUCCUAUAACAAGUUUAUCUUGGACGCCUAACGGUGAACUCUUUGCAAUUGGAUCAUUCAAUACGUUACGACUUUGUGACAAAACUGGAUGGUCACAUGCACUGGCUAAACAAAAUACUGGAUCAUUAUUUAAAAUUUCUUGGUCUACAGAUGGUACACAACUGUCUGCUGCAUGUGCAAAUUCUCAAGUUUUAUUUGCUCACAUUGUUGGAAGACGUUUGGAAUGGAAAAACCUUGAAUUAACAAUCUCACAACGAAAGACAAUAUUGGUUAAGGAUGUCAGUAUUGAUGCUAAAGAAAGUUUAGAUUUUCGUGAUCGAGUAAUGAAGACAUCUCUUGCUUUUGAUCAUCUUGUAGUUACAACAUUUACUCAAUGUUAUGUGUAUAGUGUAAAAAAUUGGAACACGCCAACAAUUUUUGAUCUGAAAAAUGGAGGGACUAAUCUUAUAAUGCAAUCUAAAAAAUCUUUUCUGCUCGUGGAAGAAACUGGUAUUCAGAUCUAUUCGUAUGAGGGUCGACUUAUUUGUACACCAAAACUACAGCAAUUACGUCUGGAUUUGUUGAAUGAACAUUCAUUAUCUUUAAGUGAUGAUACUUUGGUAGUCAGAGAUCAAAAAGACAAGAGAGCAUUACAUUUGUUUGAUUGUGUCUCUGGAAAACUGAUGGGAGACGGAAAACCUAUUGAACAUUCGCAUGAAAUUGUUCAGAUAGAAGUCAAUCAAUGUGGAUCGAUCAGCAGCCGACAGCUGGCAAUAAUCGAUAAAAAUCGCGAUCUCUUUAUCAUCACUGUACAAAGUUUUGGUUCAGCUCUUCGAAAAGCAAAACUAGGGACCAUGGUUUCAUCCAUAAGCUGGAAUGAUUCUUCCAAUAUGCUUGCUGCAUUUGAAGAUGGUAUCUUUACAGUGUGGUGUUAUCCUGAGGUCAUUCUAGUCGAUAAAGAUAAUUUAAUAAACACGAUUAUAACAAAAGAUUCGAGUGACUUUGGGAAAAAUCCUAAUAUUGUAAGUUUUCUUGGAAAUGUUUGUUCAAUUAGACGAGCUGAUGGAUCUUUAUCCAGUACAAUCAUUUCUCCAUAUCCAAUGAUUUUGCACAAAUACACAAGGGAGUUUAAAUGGUCUGAUGCUGUUCGUUUGUGUCGAUUUGUUAAGGACAAAAUACUUUGGGCUUGUCUUGCAACAAUGGCAGCAUACGGCAAAGAACUUGAAACAGCAGAAAUUGCAUAUGCCGCAAUUGAUGAGGCUGAUAAAGUUCAAUACAUAAAUCAUGUGAAAGAAAUCCCCAGCAAAGAGGGAAGAAAUGCUGCAAUGGCAUUGUUUUGUGGACAAAUUCAAGAAGCUGAAUUAAUUCUACUUCAAGCUGGCUUAAUAUUCCGUUCCAUUAAAAUGCAUAUCGACCUUUUUAACUGGGACAGAGCUUUAGAACUUGCAGUGAAACAUAAAACACACGUCGACACGGUCAUUGCAUUCAGAAAUAAACAUUUGAAACUCUGUGAAAAAAACGAGGAAAAGAAAAGAUUUCUUCAGAUAUCAGAAGGGGUUCAAAUUGAUUGGGAAAAAAUAAAUUCCAAAAUUGCACUGGAGAGAGAAAACGAAAGUGCAAGACAAGGAAUCCAACCUUACAUGCCUUAUAAAUAAAGUAAAUUAUAUAUAUGUGUGUUAUAAAAUAUUUGUACUUAUUAUUUAGUUUAAGUUUUAUGGCAUAUAAUUUAAAAUGUUCUUCACCCUUAUCAUACAUUUUAAUAUUGGAAUCAAAACAUAGUGUACCUUAGUCUAACAAUUUUUCAAUGUGGAAAUAAUAAUCUCUGUCAUUUUUAAACACAAUGUGGCAAGUUAUGACUAAAUUUUACCUGCUGUUGGAUCAUUAUGUGACAUAGUUUGUUUUGAUUUCUUUUUUUUUUGUUUUUAUGUUGCGAGAACAACACGAUUAACGAAAAUAAACAGUAGUUUUAUGAAAUUCUGUUGUUAAUGACAACUCUACUUUAAAUUCCAUUUGUAUAAUAGUCAGAUAUUAAAUAAUCAUAUGACACUGA